AAAAGGUACUACGUCUACUAUUACUACUACUCCUACUAAUAAGAAAGAAGUACUCUAGUACAGACAGUAAAUUGGUUAAAGGUGAAUGAAUGAAUGAAUAUUGGAUAGGUUGUUGUUAUUAUGUAAGUAGUACAAAGAAGAGCAGCAGAGGAGCAGUGAUGAAAUAAAACGUCCAUUCUGACCAAACACUGCCACCCGUUGUCACUGCCAUCAUCAUCAAAACCCUCUUUCUUAUAGGGCCAGAAUGAAUUCCUCUUCCCUAUACUCUUAAUUUACUGUUAUCUCUCUCUCUCUCUCUUCUUUUCUUCUCUUGUCUUCCUGUGUGUUGAGAUAUGGAAAUUUUGCUGGAUUUUUCACAACAGGACACCUCUUUCUUGUUCUCUCCAACUGGAGGAUAUUAACCAACGCCCACACUCAAACCCUAUUCAUUCCAAUCUUCUACCUACUUUCAUUCAUUCAAUUAUUAUUAUUAUUAUUGCAACAAAACAAUAGUAAAUAAUACUAGUACUACUAGCUAGUGCCACAACAAACCAACCAAACUCUUCAACUUUAAAAAAAAAAAAAAGAAGCAAAAAGUGGUGCAGUAGAGUUUGAGAUAGAGAAAUGGGUUAGGCUCAAAACUGAAAAAGCAUUAUUGGGUUUUGGGGGGUGAUGAUGGAAAUGGUAAAAUUGAAUGGCAGCAAGUUUUGAUUUUCAGAGUGGUGGCAGUUGCAACACAAGAAGCAAAUAUUGGAAAGCAAAGAAUAAAAAAAAAAAAAACAUUAGUCUAGUAGUGUUGUUCUGUUAAAAAGCUGGAAGAAGAUAAACACAAUAAGGGUCUGAGUCUGGAUCCUCCCAGAACAAGUCACCAAGGCCCUCACCACCAUAAUAAUAAUAAUAAUAAUAAUGAUGAUGAUGAUGAAGAAGAAGAAGAUGAUGAACACAACUCUUCUCCCUCAUCUGGAAACCCCCAUCCUCACUAUCAUCAACAAAACUCUACCUUUCAUUUUCAUCGCUACCCAUACUUCCAACAGCAUCUAGAUUUAGAGCCGGAACAAGAGCCACUUCAACAACCAAAGAAAUGGUCUUCUUUCCUUCCACCACCACACCCUAAUCAACCACCAACAACAUCAUCAUCAUCAUCAUCGUUUUAUUCCAUCGAAUAUGCAAGAAAGAUGGGAGAAACAACACACGACCACCAAACAGGAGAAGCAGAAACAACAGCAGCAACAACAAUAAAACCAACAGCAACCUCGUCUAAGAGAAUUGCAGGAGAAAUCGUGGAAGUGCAAGGAGGUCACAUUGUACGGUCAACAGGACGGAAAGACCGUCACAGCAAAGUAUGCACGGCGAAAGGUCCACGUGACCGCCGUGUUCGACUCUCGGCCCACACCGCGAUUCAAUUCUACGACGUGCAAGACCGUUUGGGCUACGACCGGCCCAGUAAGGCAGUUGAUUGGCUUAUCAAAAAAGCCAAAUCUUCCAUUGACGAACUCGCUCAGCUUCCGGCAUGGAAUCCCACCGCCACAUGUUCAACAACACCACAGCAGCAGCAGCAGCAGCAACAAACAAACGAAAUGUUCAACCGGCAAUCUCCGGUGGACAACCAUCAAGUAACCGCUUCCACCAUUCACCGCUCAGCGGCUGCAUUAGAGCGAAGAAUGCCACAACAACAACAAGAACAAUUUCCUUCGCAGCAACUAGAGUUAGACUAUAGCAAUAGCAGCAGCGGGAAACAUGGUUUUCUUCAAGGCUCAUUGGAUACUGACAUUGCGGAUACUAUUAAGUCGUUUUUUCCAGUCGAAACGCCGACGACGUCGUUUCACAGUUACCCACAACCGCCUGAUUUGCUUUCUCGAACUGCGGCUACCGCCCAGCAGCAAGAUCUCCGCCUCUCAUUGCAAUCUUUUCAAGAUCCUAUUCUGCUUCAGAGCCACCAUCACCACAACCAAGUGCUUUUCGCCGGAAACUCCUCACUCGGCGGCUACGACGUUGGUGGAAGUGGAAGCACCUUGUGGUCUGAGCAGCAGCAACAGGAGGAAAAUGACAAUGGUAGAUUCCAUAGAAUGAUGGCUUGGAAUGCUAAUAAUGCUAAUGUUAAUGAUCCAGAUGGUGGUAACAGUGGCCAUGGUGGUGGAUUUGUGUUCAGCACACCUGCCGCUCCCGUUUUUGGCGGUUAUGGCCAGUUUUUUACUCAGAGGGGACCCCUUCAGUCCAGUUACAAUCCUUCAGUUCGUGCUUGGAUAGAUCCUUCAAUGGCGGCGACGGCCAACAUAGCCGAUCACCAUCAUCACUAUCUUUCGCCGAUGAUCCAUCAGGCUUCUGUCUCUGGUGGUGGAUUUUCCGGCUUUCGUAUACCGGCACGAAUUCAGGGUGAAGAGGAACAUGACGGCCUAUCUGAUAAACCGUCCUCUGCUUCCUCUGAUUCUCGCCAUUGAUUGAAACAUUUAAUUAAUUAAUAAAUAAAUAAAUUCAAACUUUCAGGUUCGUGGUUUGUGUUGAAGAUGGUUUGUUUAUUGGAGAGAGCUUAGGAUUAAUUGGAAUUCAAGAGCAACUUGGGUUUGGAUUUUCGGAUGUUUCAACUUCAAUUCAAUGGCGCUUGUAAACCGUGUGGGAAUGAAGAAAAUCUGGUUUGAAUUAUUCAUUCGGGUUUUCAAUUUUAGUCCCCCGGUUUUGUUCUGCAUUUUAUUUUAUUUUUAUGUACUGUGUGUUUAAUUUGCUUCAUGUGUUUUGUUCGAUUACAUACAAUCUGUACCGGUUAUUUUGUUGUGUCA